AUUAAUCUAAUUAUAUUGAAUUUAUAUUAUGAUAAAAUAUAUUUUUCUCAGAAUUUGUGGUCAGAAAGUAUUACUAUUUGACCCAAAAAAAACAAUAUAAAAUUUUUUUUAAAGCAAAGACUAAAAAAUUGGUAUAUCAAAACUAAAUUUUAAUAUCAAUCUAAUUAUAUUGUAUUUAUAUUAUAAUUAAAUAUUUUUUUUAUAAUUUUAAUUAAAAUGUAUGACAGUUUGACAAAAAAAAAGUUAAAAUAGAAAAUAUAUUUUUAGGAAGUACGGAGUAUAAAAAAUGAGAGAAGUUGCGGAAGAGAUGGAGCAUAUGACAAUAAUAUAGACAAUGGGCCAUGCAAUUCAUCCAUUUUCAUUCGAUUUGUUCCAAAGCCCCCACCAAUGGCCAUGGCCCCAAAUCUACGCACACUCUUUCUCUUCGUUUUUCGCUCCCAUAUUCAUCUUCUUCCUUCUCCACCGCUACAGCUAUGACGUAACCUCCGACGCCGUUUCUCCGCCAUUCUCAUCCGCCUUCUUUCCCACUCAUUCCGACGUCAUCGUAUCCACCGCCGUCUCCCUUCACUCUACCGCCGCCACCACAAGAAGCUCCGCUUUUACAGUCAACAAUGUCAUCUCCGAAACCCACGCUGCGAGUCACGCCGUUCCUCAUCAUCAGAUCACUGCGCGAGUGGGUCCCUCUGCGAUGGCGGAGAUUCAUUACGUCACCGUUCUCUUUCCGGACUGGGAGGUGCUUGUUAUUGGCUUCCCUGACUCCGAUGCUCUGUCAAUUGAUGUUGACGAUCCUUACGUCUGUCUCUUCGGCCGCGGAAUUUCGUCGCCGGCUUCUACCGCAGGGGUUUUGCCGUUUCUGGACUGGUUGAUCUUUAAGUGUGAGCUUCCGAUUCGAGCUCGCCGGAGAAUGCCGUACAAGAAGCCGGUGCUGGUGAGGUCGUCUUCCCUCAAUCCUGUACAUCCGGAGAUGAAUUUUCCGCCAGAUCUCCCGAAGGAAAUUCCGCGAUGGAAUUUCAUGGCGUACGAUUCGCUCACGUCGGAGGACGACGUCGUUCUUUUCGUGAAGGGCGUGAACCACCGCCAAGGUGUCAACCGCGAUCCGGCGGAAUUCCGAUGCGCUUUCUUCGCCGGCGCCGAAGAAGAAGCCGCAAACGCCGUCAAAACCGUCGUGACCAGCUCAAUGCAAGAAGUGUUCCGCUGCAAAUGUCCCGAAGAAACCGCCGCCCGUUUCGGAGAGAAACGAAUCAAAGUCACGCUCGAAAUUAUCGGACCCGACUCGGUUCUGGUACCUUCCGUGGCCUAUUACAGCCUGACGCGCAAGUUAGCUUCGAACGGCGGAAAGGCGCUACUGUGCGCCGUCACCAUGGUGCGCAACGUAGCCAAAUUCCUGAAAGAAUGGGUUCUCUACCAUUCCGAAAUCGGAGUCGACAAAUUCAUACUGUACGACAAUGGCAGCGACGACAAUCUGGAGAGCACCGUCGAUUCUCUCCGCCGGAAAGGGUUUGACAUAACCACCGUCUUCUGGCUGUGGCCGAAGACGCAAGAAGCCGGCUUCUCACACAGCGUCGUCUACGCAAAGGACGCGUGCCGGUGGGUCAUGUACACCGACGUCGACGAGUUCGUCUACUCUCUGGCAUGGGCCGCCGCCGCCUCCAAGCCGUCUAAAUCACUGUUACAAUCACUCAUCGCUGCGCCAAUAACAGAUCCUGCCGCCGCAACAGAUUCGGUGGGGCAAAUAAGCAUUGCCUGUUUCGAAUUUGGGCCGUCGGGUCAAAACCAGAAUCCGGAAUCGGGGGUUACCCAGGGGUACAAUUGCAGGAAAGAGGGAAUCAACCGGCACAAAUCCAUAGUGCUUCUGGAAGCAAUCGACGAUUCGUUGACGAACGUGAUCCAUCAUUUCAUACUGAAGCCAGGGUACAUGACGAGAAGGGUAGGGACGAAGGAGAUGGUGGUGAACCACUACAAAUUCCAGGCGUGGCCGGAGUUCCGGGCGAAGUUCAGACGGCGGGUGUCGGCAUACGUCAUCGACUGGACACAGCCGUUGAAUCCCAAGUCCAAGGACAGGGCACCCGGGCUUGGGUAUUCGACCGUGGAGCCGGAGAAUUGGCCGGCGAAGUUCUGUGAGGUGUAUGAUGAUGGGUUGAAAGAUCUGACUAGGAGUUGGUUUGCCGUAGUUGAAUCCCGACCUCCCGGAGCCGAAGGGAGAUACGCCCGAAUGGCUUGGCAGAGAUAGAUGCGCGACCCGCCGUUAGUGGUUAACAUUUUUGUUAGGUUUAGUUAAUGGUGUGGAAAAUUACAUACGGAGUCGUUUGCAUGGUAAACAAAGUUUUUGACGAAUU